AUGGCCUCCUUCAUCCGACGCGCCAUCAGCGGCGCCCAAUCCAAGCGCGGUCACUCGGCCUAUCUCCACUACAACGUCGGCGACGUCAUCGUCGAGUACAUCACCAACCCUAGCGACCAGUUCAUGGAUUCUCUCGGUGAUUCCUCUCCCAGUGGUAUCGCCCGCCUCGCAGAGAAGGCCAUCGAGACUGCGGUCGUGAUCGCUGAGGCCGUUAGGUAUCGCAAUAACAAGAUUUCUAUCCUCGACAGGACUAAUGAGAAGACUAAGAUGAGUGCGAAGGCCGCUCUCCAGAACCUCCUGAACAAGCUCAAGGUGUCUCGCACCCGCUCUGCCCAGAACAAGGAACCCAGUAAGCUGCGCCAGACGCGCAACAAGCUCAAGAGGAAUGUGCCCAAACAUGUCCUGAUCGCGGCCCCCGUCGUUGACCGUGCCAUCCGUAUUGGAGCCAAGAUUGCUGGUCUGCUUGUGUGUUUCCCGCUGCUUGAGAGUACUUCUGCUGUUGAGCCUGUCACCGCCGAGAUUGAGAAUGCUCCCCGCGAGCCCAAUUCUACUGAAUCUGAGCCUGGUACUCCCACCGGAAGUGCUAGUGCUGAUGGUAGAAUCUCUACGCGCUUCGAGCCCCCGCACAUUGUUCCAGUCGAGUUCUCUCCUGUCUCCCUGAUCGAGGUCGACCCCCGCUUCACGGACCCGCGCUACAUCUCUCUGCCCAUGCCCUCGCACUACUGGACCGGCCGCUUCAUGGCCCUGGAGGAUCGCGUCAAGAGCGAGCGCCUGGAUCCUCAGAACUUUGAGCGCGCCCGCAUGGGCUGCUAUGAUGAUGGUGAGAUCGUCGCCGCCCGUGUCUUUGAGGUGCUCGCGGAGUACUGUAUGACCGAUGAGGCCCUGCGGUCGCUGCAUGAGUGGCAGACUGAUUUUGCCCGCCGCGCUGGAAAUGCGAAUUUGCUGCCUAGUGGUGUCGAUCCGGCUCUGAUUUUCUUCAGCCGUGAGCAACCCGACGCGGGGGCUCAUCUCCGCCCUCAGUCGGAGGAGCAUGAUGACGAUGAUGUUAGUGAGCUUAGCUCCGAAGACGGUUCCUACUAUGCUCAUGAGACCGCGUAUGAAACCUACGCUGAGGAAGAGUACUAUGAUAAUGAGGAUGUCAGUGAGCUCAACUCCGAGGAUGGCUCCUACUAUGCCCAUGCAGGCAAAGAGUAUAACUUCGAUGGCGAUGAUGCCGACGACCAUGCUGCCGGCUACGACAACUACAACUCCGACGACUCCCUGCCCGACACAAAAUCCGGCCACCGCUUCUGCUGUGAGCACGACAACUUCGCCUACUCCCCCACUGUGUCGACCAGUCAUGUCCCUAAGCCCGAGAAGCUCCGUGCCGCCACGCCUGAGUAUACCCCUGGGCGCGAAGGCGAGGAUAACUUGAUUCCCAAGAGUGCGGAGGAAAUUGCUACCCGCAUUCGCAAUGCGAAGACCCUCAUGGACAAACUCAAGGCUCGUGUCUUGGAGCGUCGUGCUGCGCGUGAGGCGGCUGAUGCUGCUCGUGAAACCGCUGAGCAGGUAGCCCACGAGCAAGUUCAGACCCAUACCGUGACCUCGGCUCAAGACGAGAACGAGGAUCCUUUCAUCGGCACUACUACCCGUAACACCGACUUCAUGAAGAAGGUCACUAUGGCUGCCGCUCGUGAGCCCAUGGUCAUCAAGCUUGAGCCUGUCAAUGCUACGGCUCCCCGCAAGCUCAGCCUCAACCCGGUCAAAGCCUACAAGAACAGGCAAUGGGAGGUCGCGGCGCGCGAGAUCCAGGAAGAGAUCCAUCGUGCCGAGCAGUUUGAGCGCGAGAUGCAGGCCAAGAUUGCCGCACGCAAGGAUGAUGUUGCCAUGCUUGAGCAGUGGUUGGGCUCAUUCGGCCGCAGAGAGGCUCAAACGCCCUUUGGCGACCAGACUGGUCCGCAUAAGGGCAAGGGGUAUUGCUACUGUAGCAAUCCUGCGAUGGCUGAGGCUAUUGCGAGGAAUCCUUAUACGAACAUGAUAACUGAGAUUGUUGUUCAGUCUUCUGAGAGUGAGCCUGGGAUGGGUGUUGUCAUUGGAGGUGUCGAAGAGGAGCACAUCAAGGAGAAGGAGUUUGUCUACCUCUGCCGCGAGCAAAAGGUCCAACAGAACCAGCAGCGCAUGCCUUCUCAUAAUCUCUCCGCUCAUCUCACUGUCGCCGGCGGUUCCAUGGAGUACAAGAUGCCUCUGGAAACCGGCAUUUUCCUCCGUCGUCACCGGCCCCAGCCUCAGGGCUUGAACACUGCCACUGUCGUUGCUGCCGAGAAACAGUUCGGUUGCCUCAUCAACAAGAACACCACCACUUGCACUCAGAAAAAUACCGACAAGGGCAAACAGCCCGCUGCUGCUACAACCACCAGCCCCUACCGCCCGCGCUGUCCGCUCCCAUUGUCUUCCUUUAAAAAUAGCAGUAUCAACGACAUCUACGGAGAGGGAAACAAAAAUAACAAUAACAAUAACAUAUACAAGGCCUCUGCCAUCAGGAUCACCACCCAGGCUCAGAUUUAUCACGCCAAGAAGAACUCUGAGUCCACGGAUAACUCGCGCAAUACCAGUAGCGGGACGACCUCGGCGAGCGUCAACUCUACGGGCACCCAGGUGCAUCGCUGCCACAACAGGAAUUAUUCGUAUGGCAGCAUGACCUCGGUUAAUACGACCGGUACACAGGUUCACCGUCGGGUUGAUGACGAGGAUUGUGAUACGGAGGAGGAGGAGGAGUGCGAGAUGUUUUAA